AUGGAAGAAAGUGAUGAACCUGAUCAGCCUAUCUCAGCAGGGAGGCAAGAAACUCGAAAAAGAAGACGACCCAGCCAACCAAUGGUAGACAAAUCCCAACAGACUGAAGGGACAGAAAAAAAGAAAUACCUGACCAUACCACAGUCACCGGGUCCUAAAGCUACCCAUAGCAUUGGUAAUAUUCCUGGAAGCAAUGUUGACUAUUCUGUUAGAGAAUAUGAGUCUCUUAGAGUAUCUUCUCAACUUCAGCAGACUUGGGCAAGGAGAAAGUAUGGACAAGAAAUGAAUGAUAAAUCUCUGCAGAUAGACACCAUUGUAGAAGAGAAAAAGGAAGAAAUCAAGGCAGUUGGUGAAAUAGUGGUACCUGAAGAAAAGCCAGCUAAUACUGAAGAAGCAGCUCUUAAAUUGCCAGAGAGUGUGCAUGAAGUAGAAAUUCCAUCAAGUGGACACUCAAUACAACUCAAAAUAGACAGAUCUCAGCAGACAAAUUGUACUGGAGACUGGACCAUGAUGAACAUUCCUUACAAAGAAAAGGUGGACAAGGAGCAGCAGACAUACUUUAGUGAAUCAGAAAUAGUGGUACUUUGCAGGCCAGGGAGUUCUUUUUCAAAGUCAGUGGAAGGUGCCCAGAAACGUAAAUCCUCAGGGAAGAUUUUUGUCAGUGAACAUCCUGAAAUUCAACCAGCAACAAGUAGCAAAGAAGAAAUUAGGCAGGAAAGUGUUAGCGAAACUUCCCUUACUCAACCAAAAAUGUCAACCAAAAAAGGUACAUCAGGAUUCAUUUUAGAUGCACCUAAGGAUGAGGAAAAUAGAUCUGCUGUAGGAGAGGUUGCUUUUUUUAAAAAAGAGGUCUCUGCUGAAAUAGAGUCUCCACCAACAGAGAAAGUCCUGGCUGAAGAACAGCUUCCACCAACUGAAGAGGCUCCUGUUAAAGAACAGCUUCUAGCUGCUGCAGAAGCCCCUGUUGAAAUACAGAUUUCAUUUGCUGAAGAGGCACCUGAUGAAGCUCAGCCUUCAGCAGUUGAAGAGCCUCCUGCAGAAGAAUCCCCUGCAGAACUUAAGCCUCCAUCAGCUGAUGAAGCCACUGCAGAAAUAGGGCCUCUACCAGAUGAAGGGUCUCCUGCAGAAGAGGUCACUGCUGAAGUAGAGCCUAUACCUGCUGAAGAGUUCCAUGUUAAAGUACAGCCUCCAUCAACUAAAGAAGCUUCUGCAGAAGAGGCUGUUGUUGAACUUCAUAUACCAUCAGCUGAUGAAGCUACUGUAGAAAUACAGACUCUAGCAGCUGAAGAGCCUCCUGCAGAACAGGUCUUUGCUGAAGUAGAACUUACCCCUGCUGAAGAUGCCCCUGAAGAAGAGGCCCCUUCUGAUGUUCAGCCUCUGCCAGAUGAGGAGACCCCUGCAGAAGAGAUUCCCACUGAAGUUCAGCCUCUACUAGCAGAAGAGACUGCUACAGAAGUGGCCUCUGCUGAAGUUCAGCCUCCACCAUCUGAGGAAGCUCCUGCUGAAGAGGCCUCUACUGAAGUUCAGCCUCCACCAUCUGAGGAAGCCCAUGCUGUAGAGGCCCCCACUGAAGUUCAACUUCUACCAGCUGAGGAGGAUCCUGCAGAAGAUGCCCCUGCUGAAGUUCAACCUCUAGUGUAUGAAGAAGUCCCUGCUGAAUUUCAGCCUCCAUCAACUGAGGAGGUCCCUGCAGAAGAGGCCUCCACUGAAAUUCAGCUUCUGCCAGCUGAGGAGGCUCCUGCAGAAGAGGACCCUGCUGAAUUUCAGCCUCCACAAGAUGAAGAGGUCCCUGAUGAAUUUCAGCUUCCAUCAACCAAGGAGAUCCCUGCAGAAGCAACCCCUACUGAGGCAGAGCUUACCCUUGCUGAAGAGGCCACUUCUGAAGUACGGUCUCUACCAUCUGAAGAGGCCCCUACAGAAGAGAUGCCCACUGAAGUUCUUCCACCAGCAGGUGAGGAGGCUCCUGCUGAAUUAGAUCCUAGCAUUGUUGAAGAGGUCCUUAUUGAAGUUCAGCCUCCACCAGGUGAAGAGGUUCCUGUUGAAGUUCAGCUUCCACCACAUGAAGAGGUCCCUGUUGAAGUUAAGCUUCCAACAUCUGAGGAAGAAGCCCCUAUAGAAGAGGUCCCCACUGAAGUUCUGCCACCACCAAGUGAAGAGGCUCCUGAAGAAAUAGAGCCUUGCACUGUUGAAGAGGUCCUUAUUGGAGUUCAGCCGCUACCAGCUGAGAAGACUCCUGCGGAAGAGGUACCUGCUGAAGUUCAGCCUCCACCAGCUGAGGAAGCCCCUGCAGAAAAGGCCCCCAGUGAAGUUCAGCUUCCACCAGCUGAGCAGACCCCUACUGAAGAAUUUCUUUUAGAAGAAGCCCCUGCUGAACUUCAGCCUCUAUCAUUUGCAAAAAUCACUGUAGAGGCUCUUGUGGAGAUGGAGUCUACUGAACUAUCUCCUCAGGAAGAUGUUCCGGUGGUAAAAUUAAAGUCAAUUGAUUUGAGAGAUGAUCCUAAAGAUGAAGUAGCUUCUGCUGCAGACUCUAAAACUCCAGGAAUAGAUCCUGAAUUUCCUGAAGUUCCACCUAAUAACAAGAAAAAAAGAGUUUCUAAUGUUGAAAUAGAUGGUGUCUUCCAUAUAACAUUAAAAUAA